UUGCCGAUCCGAGCGCGUCCGUAGGGUGGGCCGGGGGCCGAGCACCUGGGGACACGGGUGCGCCCCAAAGUGCCAGUUACAGAUCCGAGAAGGUUCCCGGCAAUCGGGGUGUCUCUGUCUUCUUAGGUUCACGUUCUUGUUUCGUUUCGCCCUUCUUUCCCUAUUUGCUGUUUCUCAAAACAUUUUUCUCUCGCCUCUUUGAAUUUCUGACUGAACCAUGGCGACAACUCCUGCUGCUGCCUUUGAGGCCCUCAUGGAUGGAGUGACAAGCUGGGAUGUCCCUAAAGGCCCCAUCCCCAGUGAACUCCUUCUAACUGGAGAGGCUGCCUUCCCGGUGAUGGUGAAUGAUCAGGGCCAGGUCCUCAUCGCUGCGUCCGCCUAUGGCCGAGGCCGCCUUGUGGUUGUGUCCCAUGAGGGCUACCUGCUGGACGCCGGCUUGGCCCCAUUUUUUCUCAAUGCAGUGGGCUGGCUCUGUCCCUCUCCUGGGGCUCCCGUUGGAGUGCACCCAUCCCUGGCAUCACUAGCAAACAUCCUGCAGGGCUCUGGGGUCGAGGCACAGAUUCAGCCAGAACCGAGAGAAGCCCUGGGGGUUUACUGCAUCAAUGCCUACAAUGACACCAUGACUGCAGAGCUGAUCCAGUUUGUGAAACGUGGAGGGGGGCUGCUCAUGGGGGGGCAAGCCUGGCAUUGGGCCAGUCAGCAUGGUCAUGACAAGGUGCUGUCCAAGUUCCCAGGGAACCAGGUGACCAGUGUGGCUGGGGUGUACUUCACUGACACCUAUGGGGACAGAAGCCGGUUCAAGGUCUCUAAGAAGGUGCCCAAGAUCCCUCUCCAGGUCAGGUUUGGGGAGGACCUCAGGCAGGAUCAGCGGGAGCUCCUGGAAGGGAUCUCAAAGCUGGACAUCAAGACAGGAGGAAUCCCCUCGCAGCUGCUGGUGCAUGGGGCGCUGGCCUUCCCCCUGGGCUUAGAUGCCUCUCUCGGCUGCUUCCUGGCAGCUGCCCGCUAUGGCCGGGGCCGUGUGGUUCUGGCUGCCCACGAGGGCAUGCUCUGUACGCCCAAGAUGGGGCCCUUUUUGCUCAAUGCUGUGCGCUGGCUGGCCAGAGGCCAGACGAGCAAAGUUGGGGUGAACACAUGUCUAAAACAUCUGUGUGCCCUGCUGUCAGAGCAUGGCCUGGAAUGCAGUCUGGAGCCCCACCUGACUGCUGACUUGAGUGUCUACUGCUGUGUGGCUUACAGUGACAAGGAGGCUAAGCAGCUGCAGGAGUUUGUGGCUGAGGGUGGGGGCUUGCUGAUCGGGGGCCAGGCCUGGUGGUGGGCCUCCCAGAACCCCGGCCGCUCCACUUUGGCUAGUUUCCCUGGUAACAUCAUACUCAACUGCUUUGGCCUCAGUAUCCUAGCUCAGACUCUGGACCCAGGCUGUUUCCCUGUCCCUACCCCUGAGAAGCAGAGCUACCACUUCCGCAAGGCACUGUCUGAAUUCCAGCUUAUCGUGAAGCAUGGGGGUGGGACCUUGGAAAAGAGCUGGCUGGCAAAACUGGGAGCAGAUGGGGCGGGCUUCCUGCAGAUCCCCGCAGAGGGGGUCCCUGCUUAUGCCUCCUUGCACCGGCUCCUGAGGAAGAUGCUGCAUCUGUCGGGCCUCCCAGCUGUGAGCAGGGAAAACCCAGUUGCCAGUGACUCCUAUGAGGCUGCACUGCUCUGCCUGGCCACGGAGCUGGCACGCUCCGGCACAGACUGCUCUCAGCUGGCACAGGGGCUUGGAACCUGGUCUUGCAGCUCCAGUUCGUACCCCUCAGAACACGCCAUCACAGUGGAGAUUGAUGGAAGCAACCCAGGCAGCGGUGAUUCCUGGGUGAGUACGGGGCUCUACCUCCCAAAUGGACAAAAUGCAGAAGUCUCCUUGCCUGAAGCUGCAGUCUUUGCUGGCCUGAAGGUACAGAUUGGCUGCCACACCGAUGACUUGACGAGUGCCAGCAAGCUGUCUCGAGCCCCUGUGGUGACUCACCAGUGCUGCAUGGAUAGGACCAAACGGUCAAUCUCCUGCCUCUGGGGUGGGCUUCUCUAUGUCAUCGUGCCCAAGGGCAAUAAACUGGGCCCCGUGUCCGUCACCAUCAAGAGGGCUGUGCCUGCCCCAUAUUACAGGCUGGGUAAGACAUCCCUGGAGGAGUGGAAGAGGCGUAUCCAGGAGAGCACAGCUCCCUGGGGAGAGCUGGCAACAGACAACAUCAUCUUGACGGUGCCAACUGCAGACCUCCAGGCUCUGGAGGACCCCGAAUCUUUACUCCACCUCUGGGAUGAGAUGAUGCGGGCUAUAGCCAGGCUGGCAGCCCAGCCCUUUCCUUUCCUCCGUCCAGAGAGGAUUGUUGCUGAUGUGCAGAUCUCAGCCGGCUGGAUGCACUCAGGAUACCCUAUCAUGUGCCACCUGCAGUCAGUGCAGGAGCUCAUCGGUGAGACGGGCAUGAGAAGCAGAGGUCUGUGGGGUGCCAUCCACGAGCUGGGCCACAACCAGCAGCGGCACGGGUGGGAGUUCCCCCCGCACACCACCGAGGCCACCUGCAACCUCUGGUCAGUCUAUGUGCACGAGACGGUCCUGCACAUCCCCAGGGCUCAGGCCCACCCAGCUCUGAGUCCUUCAGAACGAGAGAAAAGGAUCAAAACACACCUGGGAAAGGGAGCGCCCCUGAAUGACUGGAAUGUGUGGACAGCUCUGGAAACGUAUCUAAAGCUCCAGGAGGCCUUUGGAUGGGAGCCAUUCACCCAGCUCUUUGCUGAGUACCAGACCCUCUCUGACAUCCCCAAAGACAACACUGGCAAGAUGAAUCUGUGGGUGAAGAAGUUCUCUGAAAGGGUGCAGAAGAAUCUGGCUCCUUUCUUUGAGGCCUGGGGCUGGCCCGUCCAGAAGGAAGUGGCUGCGAGCCUGGCCUGUCUGCCUCAGUGGCAGGAAAACCCCGUGCAGAUGUACGUCCAGACUGAGGACUAAAGGAUGUGCGCCAAGGGGUGUGUGUGCGGAAGGGGGGGUGAUCACCCACCAACUCUGCCACCCUCUUUCUUGCCCAGUGUACCUUGAGCCUGAAUCCUACUUCCUACCUGUCCUCAGGAAGGUCUUUAAGGUCCUAAGACAAAAUGAGCCCAACUGUCUCAGGAAAGUGCUGCUAUACUUCUUUUAUUGUUUCUCUGCUUGCACUCUUGGUCUCAUCAAGAGACUUGCUUCACCAUCCUCAUCCUCCAGAAGAGGAUGUUUCAUCUUGGCAUCUUGAGUUUCCGCAGGCUCUUCGCUUCUAUUUAUGACCGGUAGUUCUAAAGACCAUGGAUUCCAUGAUAAUCUGAUAUCAUCCCAGCCAGGCCCGAACAAAGCUCUUAACUUCUGCUUUGAGAAGCUUUCUAACAGCAAGCGAGACAGGCUGGUAUAAUGGAGAGAGCCCUGAACCAGCUUUGGGUCUAUGGAAAAUCACUAAACUCUGUCUGCAUCUGGCUUCUUAUCCAUGACAUGGGAUGAAAAUCUAUUGUUUGAUGAUGGUGAACGUCUUUGAACACAACCUGCGCACACAUGUAUAUAAGGGAGCUCUUCAGCUUUCACCAGGCCCCAGAGUAGCCUGUCUGCCCACUUUCAUGUGGACAGCCUGAAAACGGAAUCUCCCUUCGGACUCAACCUCCUUGAGUUUAGCAUUCAGUCCUUGUGUGAGAGUAUUUAGUGAACACCAGGGUUGUCCCCAGACAUGGUAUCAAUGAUAGUCCUCAAGAUCCUAGCUCAUCCUAUGUGUCCUUUCUUCUGCCUCUGGAAAGACUCUUGGGUAUAACCUAACCCCAAGAAUGUGGUAUGAAUUCAAACUGGAGGUUACAAAGCUGUUGGGGUUUGGACUUCUUGGUUAGUUUCAUCUUCGAGAACAUUUGCUUCAACCAAAGGAAAAGAUCAUUCCAGCAACCCUACCAACUCCAUAAGCCCAUUGGUUCUUAGCACAACACAGGUGUCUGACUCCUCUGGUCACCUUGGAAUCAAGGCACUGUCAGUGAUCGACAGCUACUGUGCUGAGAGGGCCAUGGCCAGGACCGGCUCCAGUGGAACAGGAUUCCUGAGUGCAGCAGACAGGAUUAACCCAUACUCACUUAUUACCCCACGAACCAGCAUCCCCAAGCUUUCUCAUAAUCUCAUUCCAACCCACCCCGGCCC